AGUUUCUAAUCAACAGCCGGAGUGAGCAGACAACAAUGGGAAAACUAGUACUAUACGGUGUCGAGGCCAGUCCGCCGGUGCGGGCCUGUAAACUGACCCUGGACGCUCUGUCCCUUCAAUAUGAAUAUAAGCUGGUGAACCUGCUGGCCGGGGAACAUAGAAGCAAGGAGUACACACUGAAGAAUCCGCAGCACACGGUGCCAAUGCUGGAGGAUGAUGGCAAGUGCAUUUGGGAGAGUCAUGCCAUUUGCGCAUACCUAGUGCGACGAUAUGCCAAGGAUGAUGCCUUGUAUCCAAAGGAUUACUUCAAACGCGCUCUUGUCGAUCAGCGUCUGCACUUUGAAUCGGGCGUAUUGUUCCAGGGCUGCAUCCGGAAUAUUGCUGCUCCUUUGUUUUAUAAAAAUGAAACUGAGGUGCCGCGCUACAAGAUCGAUGCCAUCUAUGAGGCCUAUGACUUUUUGGAGGUAUUCAUUGGCAAUCAGCCGUAUCUGUGUGGAACGGGCAUAACCAUUGCCGAUUACAGUAUGGUCUCUUCGGUAACGAGCCUUGUGGGCCUGGCCCCCAUCGAUGUCAAGCGCUAUCCUAAGCUAAGCGGUUGGUUAGAUAGGUUGGCCGCACAGCCUAAUUAUCAGUCACUCAACGGCAACGGAGCACAGAUGUUGAUUGACAUGUUUAGCUCGAAGAUCACGAAGAUUGUGUGACUUUGUGCCGUAGCUUAAAGGUUAGGAAUGAGAUUGUCUGUGGUUACGUAACAAUAAAGCUUCUAUUUGUAUGCACUUUACAAAAAUGGAAACUACAAUUGCUAAUUACAUUUUCGACUCAAAUAUCACAUCUUAGAGAUAAAACUGUUGUAAGAAUAGUUAAUGCAAUCAUCAAGGCACUUAUUCGAAGGGUUGAAUUAAUAAAACAAAUAUUGCACACA